UCUCACACCACAACACUCACAACGACAAGAGAGAGAGAGAGAGAUAGCAAAAAGAAAGUGAAGAGAGAAGAAGAGAGAUAAAAGAGAGUUGUAGUCACCAAAUAGACCAAACCCUGAAGUUAAAUUCACACCAACAACUUUGAUCAUUACCCUCCCAUUCUCUCUAUCUCUCUCUCUCUCUCACUUUCUCUCUAAAAAAGCUUUAGAGCUUCUUCUUCUUCUUCUUCUCUCUUUCAAUGGCGAAAGGAAACUCACAUGACUUUACCUCCAAGAGACACAACAGUAGUUUCCACUGGACAAGAAAAGUCGGAUCAGACGAAAACGACGACGUUUCUUCCACCCAUAACCCUCUUCCUGAUCACAACAACUCUAAACCCGCUUCCAAACACACUCCUUCAUCUUCUUCCUCUUCCUCUUCCUCUAAUGUAAUCACUCAAAAACGAAAGCUUCAAUCUUUCGCCGUGUCUCGUCUCCGUUCAGUCAUAGCUACUUUAAGCAGAGCACGACCCGGUCACCACCACUCCGGACUCGGGUCACGGGUCGUCGGUACACUUUUCGGAUCUCGUCGUGGACACGUGCAUUUCUCAAUCCAGAAAGAUCCUAACUCUCCACCGGCGUUUCUUAUCGAGCUCGCUACUCCGAUUAGUGGGUUGGUUAAAGAGAUGGCUUCAGGACUCGUCAGAAUCGCUCUGGAGUGUGAUAAGGGUAAAGAGGAAGAUGAAGGAGAAGAAAAAAACAAAACUUUACGUCACGGCGGCGGAGACAAGACGAAGACGACGACUGCGACGGCGGCGAUUUCACGGCGGUUGGUUGAGGAGCCGAUGUGGAGGACUUAUUGUAACGGGAAAAAGUGUGGAUUCGCUACGAGAAGAGAGUGUGGUGAGAAGGAGAAAAAGGUUUUGAAAGCGCUUGAGAUGGUUUCAAUGGGCGCCGGAGUUUUACCGGAGACGGAGGAUACAGGCGGCGACGGUGGUGGAGAUGUGAUGUAUAUGAGAGCGAAGUUUGAGAGAAUCGUUGGAUCGCGUGACUCCGAAGCUUUCUAUAUGAUGAAUCCUGAUAGUAAUGGAGCUCCUGAGCUUAGUAUCUAUCUGCUCAGAAUCUGAUGAAGAAGAUGACCAAAGCCUCUUCUUCAAAAAGAAGGUUUAUGGUUUAAGUGAGUUUUUCCGGUUUAAUUGCUUAAUUAGUCGGUUAAGUGGUUAAGUGAGUCGAUGUCUAAUACUUAAAAAAUCGAAAACGACGUAUCUCUAUAUUGUUAUUGCAAAUUCGGAUUAGAUGUGAAUGUGAUCGAUUUGAUCGAUUGAAUCGAUCUCGUGGUUAUUAUUAGAUCAGGGUUUUAAUUUUUUGGGGAGGGGUUUAGAAUUUGGUAUAUGGAUAUGGAGGAGACUACUACUUGUAAAUGUAUAAAUUUCGUUUUUAAUUAAAAUUCUGUAAUCUUUUGUUGUUGUUUUAAUCAAAUGUUAUAAUUGGGGCACCGAGCCUGUUAGAAUCAUAA